UCCCCUGCCAUUGCCGUUCGUCGUCCUUGUUUCCAUGGCAGUCUCUCAAGAAUCAUCCAUGGCGAAAGGCGCGAUCGCAUGCGCUUGCCAUUGGGGAUCGGAGUAAUAGCAAUGCAGUUGGGUAGUUGCGCGGAACUACCCUGCUUGCAUACGAGGGAGCAGAAACCGGAAGGGGCCCCGCAGCUCGCAGCCGCAGAUUGCCUAGGGGACGACGCGGCGGCGCCGGCACCGCGCGGCUGGCCGGCCGGGGUAGCUACAAGCUACCUCGCCGAGGAAGAACUGUCGCCAUCACGGCCACGUGUCGCUAGCUUGCUGCCCUAUAUAAGAUAGACGCGCGGCGGUGACUUCACCUCGCCGUGGCCGUGUGGUGGUGAGGAGCUAGGUGAAGAUGUCUCCGCUGUUCCUUGCGCUGCUCGUCGCGUUCACGGCGGCGGCGGGCGCCCUCGACGGCGGCGCGAGAGGCCACGGCCAGCGGGUCAAGUCGCAGACGUUCCUCUCCCCGCCCAUCUUCCUGCGCCCGGGCUCCGUCUCCAACAAGUGGUACAUGGACGCGGACUUCCCGCGCGGCCACGUCGCGCUCAAGAGCUUCAACGGCGAGCUCGUCGACGCGCGCGGCGCCCCCGUGCCGCUCCACGAGACCUACCUCCACCACUGGCUCGUGGGGCCCUACUACCCCGCGGCGAGGGGCGGCGCGGGCUUCCGGAUGGUGACCAACUCUGGCGUGUGCGGGGCCACGCUGGGGCAGUACUUCGGGGUGGGCGCCGAGACCCGGCGCACCGCGACGUGGGUGCCCGACCCCUACGGCGUCGAGGCCGGCGCCGGCCCGCCGCCGGAGGGGUACGGGGAGGAGCGGUGGGCGCUCAACGUGCACGCCAUCGACACGCGCGGCGCCGCCGACAGGGCCGGGUGCACCGAGUGCCGGUGCGACCUCUACAACGUCACCGUCGACGAGGAGGGCUACGCCGGCGGCACGCUCUGCUGCAGCGACCAGGCGCGGUGCCGGGUGGAGGAAGGCUUCGUCGACGGCGAGCCCCGGGUGUUGUUCCUGCGCUACACCGUGAUGUGGGUCGACUGGAGCGACGCCGCCGUCGUGCCGGUGAGGAUCUACAUCCUCGACGUCGCCGAUGAUGCGCUGCUCCAGGGGAAAUCCAAGCCUGAUUGCAAGGUGGAGUACAUGGUGGAGGAAUGCAGCUCAGAAAGCCGAGCGAGAAACGAGUGCGUCGACGUGAAGGUCGCCACAGAGGUGAUGCCGCGGGGCGGCGACGUCGUCUACGCCGUCGGGCACCAGCACGCAGGCGGCAUCGGGACUUCUCUGCACGGCCAGGACGGGCGGCUGCUGUGUUGGUCGACCCCGACGUACGGCACCGGGCACGAGGCCGGCAACGAGGCGGGCUACGUCGUGGGCAUGUCGGCGUGCUACCCGGAGCCGGGCGCCGUCAGGGUGCGCGACGGCGAGGCGCUGACCAUGGUGUCCAACUACACCGGCGAGCGGCGGCGCACGGGGGUGAUGGGCCACUUCUACCUCCUCGUGGCCGACGAGCGGGAGGAGCCGCCGCGGCGGCAGCGGCAGCAGCCGGCUCCCGCCACCAAGCAGCAGUGGCGGCCGUCGCUGUGCUUCAGCUUCCCGGUCCCAUGGUGCGUCCCGGGAUGGCUGUCGAUCGGGCCACCUGCCAUGGAAGACGACGAUGCCUAGCUAGAAAGCACAAGCACGCAUGAGUCGGCAAGCAGGACGACCUCAACUAGCUAGCCGCAUGUGUCAAGCUGCCAAGUCACUUGUGCUGCAUGAGUGUAGCGCGAAAUAAAAAUAAAAUAUGUAUGGACCUUAAUUUUUGCAAGAACCAAUUCAAGAUGGCUACCAUGCAUGAUUUUUCAAAUAACAUUAUUUUUCUCUA